AUGGCCGAUCCCACUGCAACGCCAUACGAUACAACCAUGUUUCCCCGAGCCUAUGUUGACUCGGCUGUACUCGACGACAUGACGUCGAUGCAGUUCAAUCAAUGGGCGUACGCACUUCCCGAGUCUCAGACAGGCUGUUACAACCCAGGCUCGCUUCCUAUCGCUUUAGCAAACAAUGAUACUUGUCUUUUAGGAUUCUAUUGUCCAAACUCCAACAAUGAACAUCCACCACAGAUGUGUCCACCAACCUGGCAAUGUGCUGUAUUACGUGCUAAUCAAGGAACAUGUCCUUAUCCUCAGGGCGCUCUGGAGCCCCUCAUUUGUCCUGGAGGUUCCUAUUGCCCGGCCGGCGGCAAAACUCGUAUCCCAUGUGAUGCGGGCACAUUCUGUCCUCAGGGCAGUUUUGAGCCCAUCAAAUGUGACACGGGCGCAUACUGCCCAUGGGCGAGUGCUCACCAGAUCCCUCUAUUGCCCCUCUACGUCGUUGUCGCCAUCGACUUUGUCCUACUCUGUGUGCUGAUUGCAGGGCUGGCAUAUUCCAAAUGGCGAAAGCGCAGGAAGCCGAAAUAUUCCAGCAUCGACAUGCAAGUUACAGAAGACGAUCGAGAGGCACUCCGAGGCUUGAACAUGUCACCUCGCUAUUCAGUCUCGAUAGCCGAGGUGUCGCCUCCCACCACGGUACCAGCCUCACCAGCCUUAUUGUCACCUCAUACUCGAGCCAGGUCGACCUCAAAUGCUUCAGAAACCACCGACGUGGAUAACUGUCCUCAAGACUUCGCUAUGCAAAAGUUUCUGAUCUACCUCUCUCGUGCUAUACACACAAAGGAGCUGGGUUUGUCCUUUGAUUUUGAGGGCUUGUCGUUCAAAACUCGUCAGAACCUGGAAAUUCUGCACAAUAUUACUGGUUCUAUUCCCAGAGGAACCAUGACUGGUAUCAUGGGAGGAUCAGGUGCAGGUAAAUCAACUCUUGUGAAUGCACUGAUGCGAGGCAAAUCGAGCGCUGGCACUUUAAAGAUCAACGGAGUCAUCAAAGACAUGAAGAAAUUGCCUUCGUCAUGGAAUGACAGAGCCAUCCAGGAUUAUGUGGACUCGUUGAUCGCUUGUCUUUCACUUACACACGUCCAGAAUUCCUUGGUCGGCGAUGCCAGAAAGCCAGUCAUCUCUGGAGGCCAGCGCAAACGGGUCAGUGUAGGAAUCGAAUUGGCUGCUGCGCCAAUGGUGAUGUUCCUCGACGAGCCAACAAGCGGGCUAGAUGCUACUUCAGCAGCUUCGAUAAUGCUUCUCUUGAAGGCCAUUUCUCGGCUAGGCGUCACUGUCAUCGCCAUUGUCCACCAACCUCGUGAAGACAUCUUUGUGGCUUUCGAUCAACUAUUGUUGCUCGCUAAAGGCAGUCAAGUUUAUGCAGGUGCAACUGAAGAUGUGGUGCCCUACUUCGAAGAUCUGGGUUACCAGUUCCCUCUGCGAAGCAAUCCUGCGGACAUCAUCAUGGAUGUGAUUACUGGCAACGGCAAGCAAUACUCUUCCGAGUCCGAAAAAUUUGGUAGCGACACGGAUCUUCUCAUCAAAUUCUGGUACGAAAGGGGCCAAUUUGGAAAGACUAACAAAAUAUUGUCUGUUGCUGUGGGAGCCCCCAGAAAUCCAAGGUUGUCGUUAAGUUCUAUGCAAUCAACUCUAGAGCACGAUCAAUCGCUACACGAGACCAUGAAAACCAGAGGAGCUUCAUGGUACGCUCAGGUUUAUUAUUGUACCAAACGAGCUUUGCUCCAGCAAGUUCGCAAUCGCACGAGUCUCUUCUUCGAGAUCUUUGUUGCUACGCUUGCAGGGCUUGUCAUUGGUCUCUCAGCAUAUUCUUCCAAAGGAUCCCUAUUCUCAGGCAUAUAUCACCCGCCGUUCACCCAAUUGUCGAGUGCUGUUGAUUACAAAUCGGCACCUCAACUCGGUCUGCUAUCUGCCAUGGCCAUUGGAUUGGCCUCGUCCGCGCCAGGAGUCUGGGUCUUUGGUGAAGAAGUACUCAUGUUCCAGCGAGAAUCUUCCAGCGGUCACAGCAAGAGCGCAUAUUAUAUCGGCAAGGUGUUGAGCACACUCCCACGUAUCAUUCUCGCUGCUCUCCAUUACACAGUCAUGAUUGGGGUGCUUGCCACCCCUCUGAUUGGUUUCCAAGACAUGUAUGCAGCGAACCUACUCUACUUUUAUGCCAUCUAUGGUUUGAGUAGCGUAGUUUCCAUGUUGGUCAAGAGAGAAGAUGGCCCGCUUCUUGCCGUUUUGCUUAGUUUGGUCCUUGGUGUCAAGGAGUGGCAUAUGGAGUGGUUCUGGAGAUUGAGUCCUGGCGUUUGGUUCACCGAAGCCUAUUGGACAAAGAUGGUGAGCCCAAUGGCCUACCUAUGGGAUGUUGAACUUGCGACACAAACUAUCGGGUUUAGUCUAGGAGAGUUCGGGAAAGAUUUGGCUCUCAUCUUCGUCAUUAGUACGAUUUACCGGUUGCUGGCGUAUGCACUCUUGAUACUGUUCAGAAAGAGGCGCAGAUGA